AGAUUGUCCAGUGCAUUUAUAAUGAAGUGGCAGCUCUUUAAAGCAGUCGAGUAGGCGCGGUUAUCUCGAUAAUAAGUAGUAAAACGAAAGUACAGCAAACGGAGGGAUGGCGACGGCAAAUCGUGAGUAUAUUUUGGUUGACUUGGAUUUAUGCGAGAAACCACCUUUAACUUUCAUUAAAACUCGAAAUGAUAACUUUUAUAUGAUUCAGUUAUAGUCCCUAUAUUAGUUUGACUUUUCCAUAUAAAAAAAGAUAGAGCUUUAGUUUGUGUUGACGCUGACUACAAUGAUAUAAGGACUGGCCUACUUUGAUUUGUUGAAAUAACAACAAAACAACACAGAUUGACAUUUUAAUCGUUUCAAACGUGGUUAAACUGAGUUUAAGUUACAUAUGACUCUACAUACUUUCAGUUUCAUUUCUCGAGAACAGCUUCAGCCUUCAUAAAACUUCGACCAGAAUUAAAACACCUUUAAUAAUCAUUAAGCGGUUUCCUAUUCACACUCCUUUAAUAAAAAGUAAUCCAACAUUUAUGUUUUUGAAACUUAAAGCUCGACUUUUUCUCCAACAAGCUGCGGACGUUCACAAAAACAUGUAAUUUAAUACAUCAACAGGGGGCAGCAGAGAGCAGAUGAACAUUUGGCAUAACAUGACCCUCAUGCAGCACAGCCUGGAUAGAAUACACCUACAAUCGAGGUUAAACAGUAAAUUAUGGAGGACACAUCACCAAACAGUGUUUAAAGCUCAGCUAAAUACUCCCUAACAAUGAUAUUUCUAAAUGAUCAUGCAUAGUUAUUACCAUUGUGCAUAUUUGAUCAGUUUGUUAAAGCAGCCCUCAUGCCAGAAGUUAAAAAUGUACAUGUAGGUGAUAACUGCCUUCAUACGCCGUCUUUUCUAUAUGUUUUGUUGAAUUUUAAUCUCUGGUAUUAUCUAAGUGUCUCCUUCUUUAUUUUCUAAUUUUGUAGCGGUAUUAGAGCAGUCAGACGAACAGGAGGACUCCUCUGAAUGUGAAUCUGAUGCCGCUGAAUACUCAGACAGUGAUGAAGAUUCAGAGGAUGAAGAUAAUAGUCAGGUUUGUUGAAACUGAAUCAUCAGUCACAUGUAAAAGUCAUAAAGUGGUCACUUUGUUUAAGCUCACUCUGUGCACACUUGCUGAGGAGAGCAGAUGCCAAAAUGCUGCCAAACCGGUUCAGAUUAAAAAUGUUUUGUAUCUUUGAUUUCAGUCAUCUGCGGGCGAACCUUGUAAGUACUACAACAGCGGUGGCUGCCGAGAUGGGCAAAGGUGCCGUUACUUGCACGUCUGCAAAUAUGCACUGAAAGGGAACUGUCGCUACGGGUCGAGCUGUAAACUGAAUCAUCCCAGAGGUGGGAGGGUGUCCUCUGGAGCAGGGAGCAGAGCCCGAUCUGUGUCUCCAGGUCAGGAAGAAAGAGCAGAAAUGUUCUCCUAUCACUGUUGAGUCAAAGGUUUCUUUUUGUAAAUCAGUGCUGGAGUUGAUAAGAGUGAGACAGAAAACAAGAACAAUGAGCUGAAGAUGCAAAAACUUAAGUGCCAAGAUUUUACAUCUUAAAAUCUGAAUAUUCUGGUUUUUGUUUUAUUUUUUGAUCCAGGGCCAAACCUCACUGACGGCCGACUCUACCAGUGGCAGCUAAACGCUGGAAAUUCUUGGGAGGAUAUCAAUAAUGAUCACAUUAUUGAGGCCCAAUACUCUCUUCCCCACACAAAAAGCAUCAAAAUAUACAACACACCUUAUGGGUAAGAGCAAGAAUUUAAGAAUUUUUGUGAAUUUCCCAGUUUGGGAUCAAUAAAGUCUAUCUAUCUAUCUAUCUAUCUAUCUAUCUAUCUAUCUAUCUAUCUAUCUAAGAGAUUAGACUCUUUCUGAGAGCGAUGAACAGACCUGAAAAUGUUGUAUUUCAUUAGUUUGUCAAUUCCAUCUUAAGAUCAGCAAAAUUUCAAAUUUCCUCUGCCAAAUUUGUCCCUGUUAAAACUUUUAUUGAUAUCUUUUAAAAGGGAAACUAAGCAGAAUAUUAGAAACAGGGAGAAAAAUUGCAACUACAAGUUCUAGCCUUGGCUCUGUUUUCAGCUUGUUAUACAUUUCUUUGUUUAACUGUGCUAGCUACAAGUCCUUAAUCUUGUCAGUUUUAACAAUGUCUUAUACCAAUAGACUAACUGAAUGGUCAUCAUUUCAGUUUCUGUUUGAAAGACUGGGGGAUUAGUUGCUUCAGAGUUUACCUUUUACUCUCUCUCUGUUUCUCUCUACAGGGCUGUGAGCAUAGAUUUCAAAAGGCUAAGAGUGUAUGGGAAGAAUCUGAGAGUCAGACGUUUGGAUGACGGUAACACUGAGUGGGUCUGGUACUGCACCUUGCGUCGCAAGUGGAUCAAGUAUGGAGACAAGGUAGAUAAACUUCUUGAGUGUAAAAAUACUCCCAUGGACCACUUUUAAUUCAAAAAUUUGGGUGUGACCAGUCUGAAGUAUCUGUUUGUAAUUCUUCUUGGUCAAUUUAAAAACAAGUUUUGUAUUUUUUGAUACAGGAUUCAAAGGGAAAACUUGGUCCUAUUAAAAGUGCUGACAUAGAGAAGAAGUACCAGAGUAACCCAACGAGCUCUUUUACUUUCAAUAUUGGAGCUGAGACUUUUGAGAUAAAAUUCAGAGGUGAGGAAGACUUAAAAAAAAACUUACCAGCUGUAAAAUGUUGUCACUUUCCUAUUAGAUUAAUGCUUUUUCACUCUUUUUGUGCCAGAAAUGCGACAAGUGGGUCAGAAAGGAAAGAGGAGAGUUAAUCGUCGACCAGUUUACCGACAGCAGCAAGCAGCAGGGUGAGUUGGGAUUUUCACGUUUGUCAAACACAUUAAAGUCUACAUGGAUGUGUUGAUUAAUUUUCAGUUAAUGUGGCUCCAAUACUUUAGUUUAGAGCUGCAACCAGCUAACUUAGCCUAUCUUAGCUAAAUGUAAACACUUAGACAAGAGGGAAAAAUCUUGUUAGGCUUUAAUCACCCAAUCAUCUUUUACUUUUAAAUGUUGUAAUGCUACAUAACUUUGUUUAUAUUUUUACAGAGUGCAAGGAGCCACCUCAUCUCUCCACAGUUUGUCCGUUGGCACCAAACCACAGUGGCUGUUUGAGGGAGACAGAGGAGCAUGGCAUGUUUUCAAAACUAGGGUAGGUGGAGGUAAGGUUUGCUUGUCUUUGAAUGAUAUUUGAAGGAUAGCUAAAGGUGACUAUGAUUUCCUUUUGUCAUCAGAAGGGGACAUCAUCUGAAUGCUCAGUAUCCAGCGACGACAUCGAGAGGAAGUAUCAGCAAAACCCCAAUGACAGCAUGUCCUUCAAAUGUAAAGGAAACACCUACAAGCUGGACUUCACAGGUUGAGUUAUUUAUGAAAUUAUUUCAUGAGCGGUAACUAACAAAUUUACAGGUUAGUGAACACAUGGAUUACUGUUGGCAAUUUCAGGAAAUCUGUUGUGCAUUUACAGACAACAGAGAGUGUAAGAUAAUUUUAUAAGACAUUAAAGCUGCAUGCAACAACAACAACAACAACAACAACAACAAAGAAAUAAUAGUGAUAAACUCUGCCUGCUUUUCACUCAUUUUGAAGUGACAUCAGUUUGAGUCCCUGCAGAAUGAUGUCAUGCAAGACUUCCUGCCCCUCACCAGUAGGUGGCAGCAUGACAACAAAGAAAUUAGGAAAUUCUCACAAGGGCUUAAAAGUAAAGUGAAGGCAGAAAACAUGAAUUUCUGAGAAUCUACCAUAAAUAAUCAGCUUUAUUAUUAUUAUUAUUUAUUUAGAUGAAGUAACCCAAAUAAAAAUAAAGGUUCCAAGAUACAGAUUAUUUUCAGGAUCGUUUAGGAAAAACAGCUAUGUUAAAUUUUUUUCAUAUUUUCAAGAUAAUCAUCUUAUUAUUUCCGACAAACUGAGCAGAAUUUUAUUUUUCCAUGAAAAUGCUACUCACAGUUUGGAGAUUAUUAUCUGGUUACUUUUAAAAAAAGUCUGAUGAAUUAAGUUUGAUUAAUGUGUUCACAUAUUUACCUGUAUUUUUCUUUAUUCAUUAUCAUUAGUAAUGACCCAAACAAACCUCAAGACUAAGAACACACGCAGGAUCAAACGUGAGCUGGUAUGAGGAUCAGACAAGACUCCUGGGCCUGAAGAAGAAAGUCGACACCAAUCGUGGAAUAUCAAACUCAGUAAAAUCACAUAAAACUGAAAUGCAUUGGUGUUGGGUGUUAGAAUAACAUUUUGUUUGUAGUUGAUUCUGUUACCAGUAUAACAGGAAAUACUCUGUUUACAGUAUGAAGCCAUAAGGAACUUAACAGGGUGCUGUUUUAAGUGUUUGUUUUGCUUUGACGUAUCAUGACUCAGAACGUAAUGCUGCCACAUAAACUGUCACUGAGACUAUGGGAUACACUUGUGAGAAAUACCUCCACCUCACUGCCUUACCAUCAGUUAUUUUUUAUGGUUGUUUUACCUGAAGAAGAAGAAAGUUAAAAUACUGACAAAAAUACUGACCACCCAAAGUAUCAGGCCACAUAUUCUCAUGUUACUGCCACACAGAUAAAUGCCAAUACAUCUUUUACUUAAGAAUGUCAGAAUCAAAUGUAGUGCCAUUUUUUGGGCUUUUUCUAAACAACAUGCCGUCUUUACUCUGAACUGUUUCAUAUCACUCGGUUACAUGCAGCCCAAACAGCAUAACAGUUGCCUCUGACUGUAAACAUGCAUUUAUUUUUGCCUUUAUUUUUCAUGAAUUCUCAGGUCAUGAGCUUUAUGGUGUCAUACUAACAACCACUCACUAUGAAGACCCAUAGUGGUUUUUAUCAGGUUUGGACUACAAACACGAUGAACUUUUGCAUGUCUGUUUGACAUUUAAAGCAAUAAAACACAGCAUCAGUAUUUUGGUGAAA